GCUUCUGUCAAGGGCAACGGAAACUCACGUCGGCUAAGGUUAGCAGGGGCUUUUUGCACGUGUAUUGAAAGUAGCUCAGCAAAGCUGCAGUUUGAAACAAACGACUGUGACGGAAAUGGACGGAUUUGGUUCAGACUUCUCAGCGGGAGGGUCCGGCGGGAAAAUGGACACCGGUACCAUUAUGGAGCAGGUCAAGGUCCAGAUCGCGGUGGCUAACGCGCAAGAGCUGCUGCAGAGAAUGACAGACAAAUGCUUCAAGAAGUGCAUAAGCAAGCCUGGAAGCACACUGGACAACUCUGAACAGAAAUGUAUCGCCAUGUGUAUGGACCGAUAUAUGGACACCUGGAAUACUGUGUCCCGAACAUACAACUCCAGAUUGCAGAGAGAAAGAGCACGCAUGUGAACACCCCGCUCUUCAUCCUUCCCUUCUACAGGCUGCUGUGUACAGCUAGGACCAGCACAGUGCUCUGCAGGAGGUCACAAGCUGUGCACAACUUUGCCACGGCAGCCGCACAACAUCAGUCACAAUACCUCUCAGGCAGGCAGGCAGGCAGAGCAGAGCCUGCGGACUGCAGCCAUGACAGUGUCUCUGUGGACAUUUUUAUUUUGCUCGGAGGAACAGCUCACUACCAAUGUUGAAGUGAUUGUAUCUUUUAUGUUUGAAAUAUAAGUCAUCUUUUGCAUGUCAUUGCCAUUUUGAUUGGAAACUCUAAAUUGCCUGUUUAAGUGUGAAUGUGUUUUAAAGUGUAUGCUAGCUCUGUGAUGUGAGAUUCAGCCCAUUGUGCUGCUAAACAGUCCAGAAGCAGUUUGGAAAAAUGAUAUUGCUACAAUGUGGCAGUCACAAGUUGGUCAGCUAAUGUUGCUCAAUAGAAACGCCUUACUUAGUGUGACUUAUCUCCCUGUCCAUUGAAUGCUUGUGUGCUGGCGCCCUUGGGGGGAUUAAAAAAAAAAGAAAAAGUGUAAAACAGCUGCUUAGAAAUUAUCGGGAAGAAUUGAGUAACUCUGUUUUCACUGCCAUGAAUUUGACAUUUACAAGCUUCCAAACAGACCUAUAUCAAAGUACACCUGGAGAACAACACUGUUUUGUCUGACAUGUUUUCUAGUUGUCACUCUAUCUGCUGCCCUCCACAGUAGUGGGUUUGUUUCAGCGGGGGUCUCCCUCGCUAGACGGGUUACUGCCCCUUUCUUAGUUUUGUGUGCGUGGUUUGUUAGAUGUCUGGGAACCACCUCCUGAGUUUGUGUAGGGAGCCAGAAAAGUCUGAACAUCAUUUGCAAGGAGUGACCCCCCCCCCCCC